GAAUUUCUUCGCUAUGCCUAAAGUUAGCAUUUCCGGCACGAAGUACCGUAUGACCCUCGGUCUGCCCGUUGGUGCUGUCAUGAACUGCGCUGACAACAGUGGCGCUAAGAACUUGUACGUCAUUGCCGUCCGCAACAUUAAGGGUCGUCUUAACAGACUCCCCGCUGCCGGUGCUGGUGACAUGGUUGUCGCUUCCGUCAAGAAGGGAAAGCCCGAGUUGAGAAAGAAGGUCAUGCCCGCUGUUGUCAUUCGUCAGCGCAAGGCCUGGCGCCGUAGAGACGGUGUCUUCCUCUACUUCGAGGAUAACGCCGGUGUCAUUGUCAACCCCAAGGGUGAGAUGAAGGGUUCCGCCAUUACUGGUCCCGUUGCUAAGGAGUGCGCUGACUUGUGGCCCCGUAUUGCCUCUGCUUCCGGUACCGUUGUUUAAAUCUUCCCAAUUUCGCACCCUACCCUACCUUAUUGCCCUGCUUUUUUCAGGCGAAAUAUUGUUUAAUUCGCCCAAUAAAUGCUUGGAAAGACCGGAAAUGUAUAUGAAUUGAAUUUUUUUUUUGAAAGAAAUAGAAUGAUCAAUCAAUUGAAUCUACUUUUACCCCCCAG